CACCCCCGUCAGCUGUUUUGGCCCUACUAGGAGUAGUAUCCUUGGAGAGGCCCCCGCAGAGGACAAGGCCCACCUUAAGUGACAGAGCAAAGGAGUGAGGAGCAGAGCCGGGACACAAUGAGAUCCUUGCUGGUGAGUCGCUUUCGGUCCCUUCGAUGCUUCACCACCUCCAGCCGGCAAAUGGAGAACAAAGUCCGUGAAUCUCAGAAGCUUUUCCAGGCGGACAACGAUUUGCCGGUGCACCUGAAAGGAGGGAUGUCCGAUAUGGUGAUGUAUCGUGUCACCAUGGCCAUCGGAAGCUUGGGUGUGAGCUAUGCGGUCUACUGCAUCUAUGAGCUUGGAAGAAUCAAGAAGCCUUGAGGAGGGAGCCGGGGAUGCGAGGCCAGACCCUCCUGGGACCCCUCACCCCACCCCACCCCUGCUCCUGGUUAACAAACUCCGGAAGCGGAGAAGAGCUGUUUUUGGGGGGUGCUUGCAAGAUCGAAGGAGCAAGGAAAGAUGUGGGGGGUUUUUUCCCCCCAAAGUGUAUGCGAUGCCCCGGGGUACAUGAAUAAACAGACGCCACAAAGACCAA